GCUUUUCAGUAAAAUAUGUUUUUUUUCUUUCCAUCUGGUGCUAGAGCGCACGGACAGGUUGUCCACUGCAACCGCUCGGUUGCUUGCAGUUGCAGAUUAGUUCAUCCAACAUUCAAGCAGACGACGAACAGUACGAAAACGCUAUAUUUGCAUCUCGACAUCUGUCAUUCACCAACGUUUCUCGUCUCGAUUGCAGAAGCAAGCAACGUUUUUGGCGUUUGCUUCGCAAUGAGCACCCGAGGCAUAGAGACUGACGAGCAACAAAGGAUUCGAUUCCAGGUGGAGCUGGAAUUUGUGCAGUGUUUUGCCAAUCCUAAUUAUUUGCACUUUCUUGCGCAACGUGGCUACUUCAAGGAUCCUGCUUUUGUCAACUAUAUAAAGUAUUUGCAGUAUUGGAAAGAGCCAGCUUAUGCCAAAUAUCUCAAGUAUCCUAUGUGUUUGCACUUCUUGGACUUGCUUCAGUAUGAGCAUUUUAGAAAGGAAAUUGUGAAUGGCCAAUGCGCCCGAUUCAUUGAUGAUCAGCAAAUUCUUCACUGGCAACAUUACACCAGAAAGAGAGUAAAGCUUCUUCAAAGUCAAGCUGAAAAGCACAUGAUGACAAUACAGAAUGAGCCAACACCACAGAAAAGUGUAUGAUUCUUGGUGUGUGUAUUCAUUAAAUUUUUUAAAAUUAUCUCCUUUUGGUGAAUUCUACAAGACAAUAUAAAGAAAAUUCUUUUGUAA